AGGUAGUCAUAAAAUAGUAUUCCCUUAUUUUUAACAAAUACUAGAAAACAAUAUGAGCACAUUUCGUUGCCUUGUCCUCAUCUUAUUCUGUCUGAUUUCAGCGGCCACAUCCGCCACUCUUACAGUGAACUGGUCCCUUGGCACCGACUACACUCCGCUUGCCACCGGAAAUACUCUUUCCGUCGGCGAUACCAUCGUGUUUAGCUAUAGUGCGGGUCACACGGUGGACGAAGUGAGCGAGAAUGACUACAAGAGCUGUACUUUAGGGAACUCCAUUACAUCGGACAGCAGCGGAACAACGACCAUAGAUCUGAAGACCACUGGUCCUCGCUACUUCAUAUGUGGAAUCCCCGGCCAUUGUUCCACCGGUAUGAAGCUAGCAGUCACCGUCGCCUCUUCAACUAAUGUAGGUGGUGGCACCACCACGCCUACCCCUUUAACCGGAGGUGGUAGCACCACCACACCAACCCCUCUCACCGGAGGUGGUGGUUACGUUCCCGCAACCACACAGGCUAUUCCUUGUGGUGGUUGGGCCGUGUCUUCUCCAGUAUGGGUUAUGAUUGUGACUUGGGCCGUUUGUUUUAUGCCUUGGAUUUGUCUUAGUUGAAAAUUUGUUGUAUGUGUGUUGGUUACCUAAAUGAAUCUUGAUAUAUACAUGUAGCAGUAGCAUGGUUUGUCUUAA